AUGAAAAAAAAGUCGCAACUGCCUCCAAAGCAGAAACAGCCUUUUAAGUACGAAGAAGGCGAGGUGUUUAUGAAUGAAGAGGAUAAUCCCUACAUCCCAAUGGAUCCCAACUUCAGAUUUACAAAGGGAGACCCUCUUCACAAGAUUAAUUGGAGAAAUAUCAAUAAGAUAGAUUUUAGACAGUUGAGAUAUGGUAACUGCACAAUGAAUCUAGCUGAGACAUAUCAGCAGCAGCAGCAGGCUUAGUCAAAUCCAUUGCAAGAGAUGAUCAUGAAUAUGGACGAUAUCGCAUUUUGCGACUUGAAAGACGAGAAAAACGUAGUGUGGAUUAGUGAAGAAGGCGGCGAAGCAAUGAGAGUAAUGUAGAUGAGUCUGCAGUACUUGCUCACACUGCAGAAAAGAGCAGUAGAGAAAGUGUAAACAGUCUAGUCUUAUGCCACUGCGUAGAAGAGAUAGCUUGAAUAGCUAGAGUAGUUUCACAUGCAGCAGAAAAUGAAAAUGCAAAAGUAUAGGGACUAUGAGCAUAAGCUGAACGAGCAGGCUAUUCACUUCGAGAUUAUGAUGAAGAAGUUAUCCAAAGAGCAAUUGAAUCAGAAGAUGAACAGAGUAAGCAGUACAAAGGCAGAUCCAAGUGAACUGUUUACUGAUAAAAAUGCAUUCAAUAGGAUACUUGAAAGCAAGGGAAUCAUCAAACCAGGCUAGAGAGAUGCACUGUCCAGACUAAAUGAUGGUGAGCUUGAGUACCAUUAAAAAGAAAAUGAAAUUCCAAAUAGCAUAUCAAAGCAAAGUUCAAUGCAGUCCAAUAAACAAGCACCGAGCUAACCUGAAGCGAAUAUGCUGCUAGAGAUAAUGGAGAGUCUUAAAAAAAUCUAAAACGAGAUUACAGAUAUAAAGUCUAGGCCUCAGUAGCCAAGUUAAAUCGUAGUUACUAAUAUCAAUCAAAAUACAAAUCUAAACAACAACACUAAUUAGCAUAUUAACAUAAGCUAGGAGACUAUAUCAAAGGCAGGGUCAAUAAACUCUGAGAAAUUUGAGAGUGCCAGUGUGAAUAACGAUAAGCACAAUGUGUUCAAGUAUCAGAGCAUGUCGCCUUUAAAGCCUUUAUAGACUUCAGCUAUAGAAAACGAUUAGAUACAUAAAGGUGAGGAGAUAGAUGAAUAUAAGGAUGACUUCGAAAAUCAGUCUGAUAAGAUACAAUCCUCAGGUAAAGAUGCUGAGGAAUCAGUACACUCAAUGCAUUCAUAAAAGUCCAAGCAAUCUAAUAGAUCAUCUUCAAGGCAUAGGAAGCAAUGGGAUAUCAGGAAGGAUCAAGCACCAUUGGUAGGAGGGAGCAAUAUAUCAUAAUAAAUUGGAUAUCUAAAGAACAAUCAGUAAGAGAUAGAGUAGAUCAUGCUAAAUAAGAAUAGCAGUAAUGCUGGUGAGUCAUUGAAGGAAAAAGAAGAGUAUAAUGAUGACUUUGAGUUUAGCAGCGAUGAUAAGGCUUUUGACUAGCUUAGUGAUUUGACGAAGAACUUUGAUUCUUAGAAAUCAGAGUCUAAUUAGAAAAUAGGCUUUGACGAGAAGCUAAAGUCUCCAAAUAGAAAGACAAAUGACAACAUAAAGAAUCAACACACCCCAAUCUAGGAGGAAUAAAUCGAAGAGGAAGAGGAUGAGUCUGACAACCAGUUUGACAAUGACGGGGAAGAGAUAGAUGAACUUUUAUAGAGCAAGCAGCAGGAUCAGAAGAGAUAGGAUAUCCUAAACAGAGCUCAGAAUCUGCUAGACGAUGCCUACUAGGAUGAGUUAAGUGGAGGCAAGGGCAUUCAAAGCAAGAUAGGGGGUUCUAAUACUUAUGGUGAUGACAGCUUCGCAGAUGAAGGGUUCAAGGGAAGUUUAGCAGACUCUAAUCAGAUUUCUUCUAAUCUCGAAGAGGCCAAGAAGUUCAACAACCCAGGGAUUGACAAGAUCACUGAGGAGGAUAAGAACAGUAGCAUACCAGAUGAGGUCAAAGAUGAGAUAGAUGAAGACUAUGACGUGUAUAAAGAUGAUGAUUUUGAGUAAGCGUCGCAAGCGUCUGGUACUGUAAACGUCUAGGGUACUCUAAGUUAAAGUGGUCUACCACCAUUGAGUAAAAAUAAGACUACGAAGCAAUCUGCAUCUGCGAUCGGCCAAGGGCAUAUUUAAAUUGAUGAAGAUCAAAUAAGACAAAAGAGAUCACUCCCAUAAGAUUUCAAUAUCAUGGAAUCAUAGGCUUCAAUCGACUUUGACAUUUCUGAGAGCAAGGGCAACAUCCCACUAUUCAACAGUGGAAUUCAGCAGCAACCUCUGCCUCAAAAGAAAUCAGGAAUAAUUGAAAGUCUCAUGCGGAGAAAGAUAGACGAGCUCAACGAAAGUGGAGACUUCAUGGACUCAAAUGACUUUGCAGUUUCUGAAUCCAACUUCUCGCAAAGCUUCAGAUCGAAAGAUGCCGCACAAUCAGCUAAAGGCCAUUAGAAUAGACAGCCAAUGCAGAAGAAAUAAUUUUAUCACUAUGAGUAGUAGAAGUUUUCAUCGUACAAUAAAGUAGAUGGGGCAAAUGAUGACGAUGAUGAGUUCUGA